AUGGCGCUCGCAGUGGACGCGCUCUCCUGUCGCCGCCCACUCCCCUUCAGAAGCAGAGGUUGGAAACUGCAAAGCCCGGUUGCUACAUGGAAACAUAUGCAGUCUCGCCGACUUACUGAGGUCAUAACAUUUGCGCCAAAGAACACUAAGAGGAAAAGGAGAAGUUUUCAAAACGAGUCAAAAGGAUUCGUUGUUGGUGCCCCAAGGACUGCUGUUCUUCAGGCUUGCACUCUCACAUCAGGCUUGCUGCUUGCUGGAGGGCUUCUGCUUCGCCAGUGUCCUGAACUCUUUAUGAACCCAGAUUGCUUACCUUUUGCCUUCUGUAUCAAAGCCUGA